AUGACCUCGGGCAGGUCCCUCGGCGGCGGACGAGUCCUGGGUAGUGGAAGGAACCUGUCGCCUGCUGUCUCCCCGCAACCGCCGAGCCAGCACCGCCGCAAUGCCAGCCUGUUGUCGCCGUCCGAGAGUUCUCUGUCCUUGAGUUCUCAAACCUCGAAUAGCCCCGCGAGCACUGCAGAGACAAGGGAGGAUAUCACGAGCAAGGUUUUGCUUGGGAACUCGGACAAUGUGGCCGCGGCGAGUGCCUCCAGUAGGCUGUUCUGCCCGAUAUGCAGCGAGGAAAUGAUGACCCUGCUGCAGCUCAACCGACAUCUGGACGAUAACCACCAGAACCUGGUCGAGGAAGAGCAGGAUGAGGUCAAGAACUGGUUCGAAACACAGAUGAAGAAGGCCAAGCGCUUUCAACCUUUGGCCGUGCUCAACCAGAAACUCAAAGGGUUGGACGUCUUCGAGCCCAACGAUUCUCCCACACCGCCGCCCGUAACGGUAUCACGGCCCCUCGCUGGCGCUGCCGCCUCACCCGAACCGGUCGUCGUACGCCGAGACCCCGACGAGGAAGUCACACGAGCACACUGGCAACGGCCCGGACAGCGCGACGUAUGUUUAGAUCCCUUAUGUGGACGACCGAUAGUUGCUGGACCGCAAUUGGCUUUGGGUGGGACAAGUAAUGCGGUGAAUUGCAGGAGCUGUGGAAAGUUGUUCUGCGAAGACCACACCAUGUACCAGAUGAAGCUAUCGCGUCAGGCAAAGCACGACCCAGUGCGGGGAUUCUGGUGUCGGGUAUGCGAAACCUGCUACAAAUCAAGAGAAGGAUACAACGAUCACCACGGAUUUGAGAGAAGUCACUUCAAGGAAUUUGCAAGUAUAAGGAGGCAAAGAGUAGACAGAGCGCAUAUGGAGGCCAGCAGACUGGAGAAGAGGCUGACCAAGCUGACACAAUUGUUGGCCAACCCACCGCCGCCGGACGACAAUUCAGGAUCUGGGAGUUUCUGGCCGCUGUCCGGAGGAGCCAAGGCGCAACGCAAAGCACUGGAGCAGUCGAUUAUCAACUGGGAAGACGACAUCAAAGUCGCAAGUUGUCCCUUCUGCCAGCAGGAGUUUUCGAGUUACACGUUCCGUCGACACCAUUGCCGCAUGUGUGGGCGUGUGGUGUGCGGCGAUCCAAAGACGGGAUGCUCUUCCGAGCUAGGGCUGAAUGUCGCUGCAGGGUCUCGCAAAUCCGAGAAAGCUGGCCAGAUCAGCAUCGACGUCCGCAUGUGCAAGGAAUGCCAUCACACAUUGUUUAGCAAGGCCGACUUUGACCGCGAGCUCUCGCAACGGCCAGUUGAUCAACGAGCAUAUGAGAACCUUGCGCAGUUCGAGCGGGGGAUUCGCCUUUUGCUUCCUCGUUUCCAUAAAUUGCUAGUAGCACUUCAGGACCCAGAGAACCCGCCUUCGGCACAGCAACUCACGGAUGCUACUAAAGUGCGCAAGAGGCUUAUGGAUGCGUUCGCACAAUUCGACAGCGCGGCGCGUAGAAUACGGGAUUUGCCCACUGAGUCGCCAACACAAAAGAAGCUGCAGAAAGCAGUCUGGCAACAGGCGUACAGCUUUCUUAGCCUACACAUGCUUCCACUGCGCUCAUUACCAAAGGUGCUCAAGCAUGCUGCACCACAUGGCAACAAGAGCAGUGGCCGUUCCGGAAGCGCACUCGCAGCAAUCAAAUACAAUGACAUGGAGGCAGGCAGUAUUGUCAGCAGCAGUAGCGCUGUGUCUGCGUUGGAGUCGGAAGAGAAAGAGCUUCGGGAAAGGCUCAUCAUUCUCGAGGAGCAGAAGUUUAUGGUCGCCGAAAUGGUAGCGGAUGCUACCAAACAUCGCAGAUUCGACGAAGUGACGAGCUUAUCACAAAACCUAGAAGACUUGAACACGGAGAUUAACCAAGUCAACGGACAAUUGGGUCAAUUGGAUUUUGCGGGGGCCUAUCAGAGGGACGUGGUCAGUCCGACGCCAGGUUGA